ACAUAAUGUCAUCAAUCCGCCAGUAAUCUAUUUAUUUAGCUCCAUUGUUAUUUUGCUGUAUUUUAUGAGAGUUUUAUAUUUAUGAGUGAAACUUGAAUAAUGGAUCGGCUUACAAUUUUCAUUGAUCGAACCUCUUCAUAUAUAUUUGGACCCCAAGAAUUUGAAUCAGCCCAUCAACUAAAGGAGACUUCGGUGUCAUCGUCAUAUUACCUAAGCACCAAUCACUCUGAGAAUCCUUUUAUGUCAAGUUUUGUUGCACGAAGCUUGGUUUAUCCUCCAUCUCUGUCAAAAAGCGGGAAUGCAGAAUAUUGUGAUUUUUAUCCCGGUGCUAGUAUUUCAGUAAAAAAACCUUCUAUAUUCACUUUUACUGAUGAAAAGUCCAAAGUUUCUAAGGAGCAUGUACUAAAUUAUAUUGAAACCAAUGGUAUAUGUUUGAUUCCAACAGAGAUUGAAAAGGAUGUACCUUUAUCGGAAUCGUGCACCGAUUUUGGAUGUGGUAGGAAUGAUUCAAAUGUAAAUAUUCAAAUUGAAAGAACUAUCAAUCCUGCACAAGAAUUUCACAAAUGUGAGCAGGUUAAAUUUGAUGUUUCACAGUUAAAAAAAUCGAUCAAACUUCCAAUAAAUGACGUAGCUUUAUAUGAUAUAUGCUUCGAUGAAAAGUUAACAAUUGCCUACCACCAUGGCACGGCUUCCAUUCCAAUGAUUCCAGAAAUUGUAGAGGGAGAAUCCCGAUUGGAAGGAGUUGGACAAAUGACCAUAAGCAUUACAACUAACGGCAAAUUGAUUUUUAUACACUCUGCAUCAGAUUUCCGUUUUGAAGAGAAAGAAGCAUCAAGUAGGAUUUUGUCAAUAACGAAUAAGUCAUUGAUUCUAAUUGAGGAACGAAAAGUGGAAGUUUUAAGUGAACCUAAUAAUAGACAGGAGAAGAGGUUACAUAUCAUUCGCGAUAAGAAAGAUUAUAUUUAUUUUAAAUCGUCAAGUGAAGGCAAUACUACCGUGAAAAAUAGAAAAUUUCUGAAGAAUGUAAACGGGGAUUUGAUUCCAGAUGGUCUUACUUUACUUUUGAUGCGUUAUCUAGUAACUUUGAAAUUCGUAGGGGAGUUGGAAACAUGGACCACACUUAUAUCUGGAGAGGUAUGCCGAGCAAGAUUUAGUGUUGCGAAACGUAAGACAUUGAUUAUUAAAAGUCGACGGGUCCAAGUUGUUCGUAUAUUGAAAGUGAUAUACCGGAAUGGGAGAGUUGUAAGCUUGUCUAAAACCUACUUUUUGCCUACGGGUCAUAUUUUUCGACAUCGGUGGAAGGACUGCAAAUACUUAGUUCAUGCUCAGGAUUACCCAUGGAAUAUUCGUUCAUGUGGAUAUAUGGAACGUUUGGAAAACCAUUGGAGAAACGAUAUUGAACUGCAGUCAAAAUUACUUGAUUUGAAGGAAGCACGUCAAUCCGAAAUUAAAACAUAUCUUAAUGAUAAUGAACUGAUAAUGCAUAUCCUGACAGAUUAUCUGGUAGAGCUUGUAGAGAACAAACCUAAAAACAUAUUGGAUUUCACAGUAGAUUAUUUUCAAAGUAUAUACUAUGGCAAUGUGACAUAAUAAUAAAGGAUUAUAUUCGUUUUUAA